AAUUCGGCUCUCGCUCGGUGGACGGACCUUGGUAUUCUCGUCGAUGGGUAGCUUUCCUGUCUGAAGGGAGAAAGAACGCGCCAAAACCCUAAUUCCAACCUUGCCCUCCAGUUCACCGCCGAUGUCCUCCUCGAUGCUUAACAGCAUCUCCGUCUCCGUCUCCGACGACGACGAGGUUGCCGGCCGAAUGCGGGUCCGGGUCCGCCACAAGCGCAAGAAACCCGGCGCCCGGGGGCGGGCUGAUUUCUGCCGGAAAAUCGUGAGGAAGGCGAUACGGUGGUGGACGGUGCUGCUCUUCCUCCCGGCGAUCGCGCUGCUCCUCGUCGAGAGCUCGAAGCUUGCAAGGAAGCCCCAGGGGGAGCCCAAAUCGGAGCCCGUCCCAGCAGAGGAGUCGACGGGGAACCUAAACCGCCUCGACCCCACCACCAGAAUCGUCAGGGGCGUUAGAGAGCCUUGCCUGAAGAUGCUCAGUCAAGAAAAAUUACAGAAACUGGAGUUUCCUUCUAGUGCAGAACCCAAUGUUCCCCUCAAGAGAGUUGUAUAUAAAUCAGAUUCAGGAGAACAACUUGCUGCAGGCAAUGCCACACUUUUGCCUCAGUAUGCUGGAGGUACUAGAUUGAAUUUAUUCACUGGAAUUCAAACGCUUCAUGAGAGAGAAAAAAGUUUCAAGGUGAAUGAAACUGCUGUGGUGCAUUGUGGUUUCUACAGUGAAAAUGGUGGUUUUAAGAUUUCUGAUGAUGACAAAAAUUACAUGAAAACUUGCAAAGCUGUUGUAUCUACAUGUGCAUUUGGUGGCGGGGAUGAUCUCUACCAACCUAUUGGAAUGACAGAGGCGUCACUUGAAAAGGUUUGCUAUGUGGCAUUUUGGGAUGAAAUCACUCUCUCAGCUCAGGAAGCAGAAGGAAAAGUAAUUGGUGAUGACCAUAUGAUUGGUAAAUGGCGUAUCGUGGUUGUUAGAGAUCUUCCUUUUGCAGAUCAACGGUUGAAUGGAAAAAUACCGAAGAUGUUGAGCCAUCGCCUUUUUCCUGAAGCAAGGUAUUCAAUUUGGGUAGACUCAAAGUCUCAAUUUCGAAGAGAUCCAUUAGGUGUACUAGAAGCACUACUUUGGCGUACAAAUUCCAUCCUUGCCAUAUCCGAACAUGGAGCACGCAGUAGCCUGUAUGAUGAGGGAAGGGCCAUUGUUAAAAAACACAAAGCAACCCCGGAAGAAGUGGAGGUGCAGUUAAGUCAGUACUGGCAAGAUGGUAUUCCUGAUGAGAAAAGGUUCAAUGGGAAGAAAGCUCUAGCUGAAGCUUCUGUGAUUGUAAGGGAGCACACACCGAUGACAAAUCUCUUCAUGUGUCUUUGGUUCAAUGAGGUGGUCCGUUUCACAUCACGUGAUCAGCUUAGUUUUCCGUAUGUUCUCAGACGAUUAAAGAUGCCAGGCCUCAACAUGUUUCCUGUAUGUACACGCAAAGAUCUGGUGAACAGUAUGGGCCACAAGCGUAAGGUGAAGCCCCUUGUAAGGACUAAUUAGUGGAGGAUUUGAGACUGUUCUGCCAUACAUGUAUCUCAUUUAUUUGCAGGUAGCUGCAUUAAUUAAUAAUGUAGCAUAUGUUGUGUCUCUUCUUCCUCCUCCCUUUGAUGCUUAGUUUUGUGGUGUAAGGUUAUUUUAUGCAGCUCUUUCUUUUGCUUAGAAUGACCUGCCAUCCAGAACAAGAUUCAAGAGGUCUUGCCUUUCUUACCCAACUGAGAAACAAGGAGUGGUUUUCAAAGCUCCUUUCCUUGUAAACGAAUGUCACCUUAUACUUGUAUUAUUUCAAACUGUCUUGGCGGCUAAAUUGCUCUUAACUUGCCCCAGAAUUUUUUUUUUUUU